AAAAGCUUAACAAAAAAAAAAAAAAAAAAAGAGCUCAAUGGGGAAGACGAAGCUCUCAUCUCUGUUCAGAGUCGGAGCGGGAAGAUUACUAACCGCUCCUCUCUGCUCCAAUGCCAAAACACUCUCGUUCCGAGUCGAAAACGACAUGAUCAAGACCGUUAACUCGGUCUUCUUCGAUGAUAUAUUAGAGGCCGCAACGCCCGAGUCAUGGUUCACGAACUCGUCCGACACGGCGAGUCACUCCACCGAGUCGGACCAAGACCUCGACGCCGAAUCGCUUGAGACGGUCGUUAGAGGAGUCGUUAGAUCGGAGCGGCUGUUCUUCGAUCCCGGAGCCACUAGCUCGAUCGUGGAAGAGACCGACGAGAAAUCGAAGGCGGCGCCGAUCGAGGAGAUCAGCGUCUCGGUGGCGAUGGAGUCGGAGGAUCCGUACGGUGAUUUCCGGCGAUCGAUGGAGGAGAUGGUGAGGAGCCACGGCGAGCUGGCUAAGGACUGGCGGAGCUUGGAGGAGAUGCUGGAGUGGUACUUGAGGGUGAACGAGAGGAGGAGCCGCGACGUGAUCAUCAGCGCUUUCGUUGAUCUCGUCUCCGGACUCUCUGAUUCGGUAUCGGACUCGGCUCGUUACUCAACCGCCGUAUCGUCUUUGCCGUCGUCGCCGUUGUGUUCGUUAUCGUCUAAAGGUGAGACGGAAACUGAAGAAGAAGAGAGACGGAGCCGUUAACUUUUUUUUGUUUGUUUGUGAUUUUAAUAUCCUUUUUAUCGGAUUGACUUUUUUGGAUUUAUGUAAAAAGUAAUUUUAGUGGUUAGUGGAAAAUCAUAUAAUUAUUCGUAGCAAAAU